GGAGGAGACCGUACGGUGAAACGGACAUUUCUUUCGCCAUCUUGAGAGUAUCAGAUUGUACUAUCGAGACGGACUGUGGGUUCUGGCAACAUUUCAACGUUUGGGUGGCCUGAGCCCCUCUCAACUUCUCAACUCGAAAUUUGUUACUUACCAGCCAGCCACUUUCAUCUCACGCCUUACCUCGAACCUCCAAGUUCCUAAGAAGUACGAACUCACGAAGCUACAAUCACUCAGUCCAUCUCAGGUUCUUGUCACCCCAUUCACUCUUCCAUCGAAAUCGAAGCCCCGCCAAAAUGGCCGAGAUCUGCGAGCCAAACUCCCUUCCGGGAGGAGAGCAGAACCCCUUUGUCGUGGACGACGAAGACGACGUCAUCCAGAUCCAUGACGAAGAAGAGCUCGAGGAGCAGGUCGCUGAAGUUAUAGAUAUCACAGAAGACGGUAUCGAACCCUUUGAGUUCAACAGAGGCCCUCGAUCAAGACCUGGAGAGGAGAUUCUGCCUUCUUUCCUUUUACGCGACCAGGGCUUUAUCAUACGACCAGGGAUGACCGUCGAACUCAAGGAACCGGAACCCAUCGGCAAAUUUUUCAUAAGCUUUGUCCGUGUCACUUCUAUAGCACGACAGGCUUUCGCAAAUAACGUCACCAUACGAGGCCACGGGUUCACGAGAGCAAAGGAAAUGAACGGAAUGCUACCGAAGCAAUUAAACGAAUGCUGCUUGAUAGCAUUGGUAGAUACUCACGACCCUCGGCCUUGCAGAGAGAAGGCGAUGAUCGAUAUCAAGCCUGAAAACAUUCUAACGACCAGAGAACUCCGUGUGACGAACGCAGCAUUUCCUCAACAUCGAGACAAUGCAGUAGAAAUUGCGGGCAAGAGACAGCAAAUAAAGGACAUGGGAGUUCUGGUCUCCCGCUACACUUACGUCGAGCACCAUCAAAUCGACCAGAACAAGCCUCGCGAAUGGGCGUUCAUGAGGGUUGAAGAGGAGGACGCAGAUGAGAACUUCCGAGUAUCCGGCAACGUAUUGGUCAAUGGCUGGCGGGGUGGAAAGGUUCCAGGAGGGUCGCUCGUACCUGCUGAACGAACACAUGGACGGCGCCCAAUGCAUAUCCACAAUCUUGACGAUCCCACCACCUCGACAGCACCUGGGCCGAUAAAUGUGCCGUUCAACCAGAAGUACACUGCCGGUGAUACUUUUGCCGGUGCUGGCGGGGCCUCCCGCGGUAUUACAGAUUCCGGCGUGCAUUUGGAAUUUUGUGUGGACAAUUGGGAACACGCAAUCGCCUCUCUCAAAGCCAACUUUAACGGGACGACCAUCUACGACACCGACAUGCACGAUUUCAUUGUCGAUAAAGAUAUUAAACAUCGUGUUGAUAUCCUCCAUCUGUCACCACCAUGCCAAGUAUGGUCACCAGCACAUACCCGGCCAGGACAGAAUGACGAGAAGAACCUGGCGAUUCUCUUCUCGUGUACGCACCUGAUAGAAAAAAUCCGCCCACGGCUCUUCACGGUUGAGCAGACCUUUGGGAUUCUUCACCCAAGAUUUGAAAACUUCUUUCAAAGCUUGGUCAGAGGAUUCACUGACCAUGGCUACUCCGUCCGAUGGAAGGUGGUGAACUUCUCUCACUACGGCCUUCCUCAGCCUCGGAGGAGGCUCAUCAUGAUCGGUGCCGGCCCAGGGGAAAAACUCCCGCCAUUCCCAGCCCCAACCCACAGCCCGGACGUUAGCCGUAAUCGGAGGCACGGGGGGCUCAAGUCUCUUACAACAGCACGUCAGGCAUUAGCAGCUAUUGAUGGAAGAAGGCGCUACCCCCUACACCAACCCUACCUCCAGCAAUUCCCAAUCCCAAGAGCCCCUUGGGAUGGGGACAAACCCCUACCCUAUACGGUUACUUGCGGAGCUGCCGAGAACUAUCAUUGGUCUGGGGAACGGCAGUUCACCCCGUUGGAGUAUGCUCUAUUGCAAGGCUUUCCGAUGCAUCACAAGUUCGCAGGCAACUACAUAAAGAAGCAGAUCGGCAAUGCAUUCCCUCCAAUCUUCGUGAAGUUGUUAUACAAACACCUUGUUAACUGGUUAGAUACACAAGAUAAUGUGGUUCGUCAGGCACGUAUCGAAGGUGUCGAACCCUUUCGAACGCCAACGGUUCGGAGGCAUGUAAACAUUGAGCGAAGAGAGGAAGACGAGGUCACAUUUUUGAGUAGCCGAAAACGUCGCCAGUUGGAUGCCGUUGAUUUAAUCGAUGAGGACGACAACAUCUACAACCGGAAAAGGGCACGGCUAGACAUAACCCCAAGUCAGCCGAAGCAAAAGACCGUAAUCGACCUCGAUGAGGACAUUUCCAACCUAGAAUUGGACCAAGACAACGACGACGCCAGGUCCGACAGUGCUACCAUCCGUGAAUCCUCUGUGGACUCACCACGGGGCUCAUCACCCUCCACCCCCUUUUCAACAUCAGCAUCACCCUAUCUACCUGUAGGACCACCGGGCUCUUCACACCACACACCAGGAUUGUUUGUCUCCCCAAAGCCACCGGCACCUUCACCGCUAGGUCUAGGCCUAGAUCCACCCUCAAAAGCCACUUCCUCCACAACCCAGAGAACUCAGACCCUGCCAAAUUCUUCAUCCUCGAACACGCAAAGUGUGCGCAGAAAGCUGUUUUUGACAGUCCCGCCACCAAGGACCGAACCCUUCAGCUCGCCUAGUUCUACGAGCUCCACGAGUUCCAGUGCUACAAGUUCAAGUUCAUCAGCACCAGCAUCAUCCAGUGGCUCGAGUUCCUCGGGCGCCGAGGUGAAGAAGGAGAAUCAAAAAGGGACGAAGGAAGAGCCUAUGGAGCUUUCGGAUUGAUUUAUUGGUGUUUCGAUCCCCUUCUUGUCUCUUUUUUGCCUUGUACAUGAGGAGCAGAGCAGUGUACUAGGUGAGCCUCUCGAUACGGGCAGGGGCGGAGAUGAAUAUUUGCGACCAUGUCACGACACACGAACGAGAUGGCCUAUCACACAUACAUAACCUGAUGAAAGAGCGUCUUGGGUACUAGGCGGGAGACGCAACCACCAGCAAGCACUUGGGGGGCACGAC